GGGAGAGGUUUGGUUUGGUUUGGAGGCUGAGGGAGAGACAGUGAAGCUGAGCGCAGAAGAAGAAACAGCAGCAUCGUUAAGAGAAGGAGAAGAAGAGUAAGAGGAAGGAGAGGAGGAAGAGGCUCAUCAGUCGCUAAUCACUGACAGCUGCUCAGGAUUUUAGGCAUUCUUCCCCCUCAUCCUCUCUGGCCUGACAGACCCACCAGCCCAUCACCAUGAACUACCUUCGCCGGCGCCUCUCAGACAGCAGCUUUGUGGCCAACCUUCCCAAUGGCUACAUGAUGGAUCUGCAGAGGCCGACCCCUCCAGGUUCAUCCACCUCCUCUCCUGCUUCCCCGGCCACAGAGAGGCGGCAGCCACCAAGCAUCCCGAGCCAGACCCAGGUCUCAGGUUCAAGCUCUGGCUCUGGCUCUGGCUCAGCUGCAGGUUCAGGCCCAGCUGCAGGUUCAGGCUCAGGUUCAGGCUCAGGAGUGGGUUUGGGCUCGGGCUCAGCUUCAGGAACCGGGAGCUUCCUCAGUUCCUUCUCCAGUGUAGUGAAGAGUGCUCAGAUGGCCCAGAAUGUCGCCGCUGCUGCACAUGCCAAAUCAGCUGCAGCGGCAUCAGCUGAGGGCGUCUCAGCAGGAAACUGUCAGCCCGCCAAGCCUGCCGUACGCAAGCCCAAGAUCCUGCUGGUGAUUGAUGAUCAACACACAGACUGGGCCAAGUACUUCAGAGGGAAGAAGCUGAAUGGAGAGUACGAGAUCCGAGUGGAGCAGGCUGAGUUCUCCGAGAUCAACCUGGCCUCCUACGUCAACUCGGGGUGUAUGGUGGACAUGCAGGUCAACAAAGGUGGCACUAAAGUGGUCAGGUCCUUCAAGCCAGACUUUGUCCUGAUUCGUCAGCACGCCUACAGCAUGGUCCCCGGUGAGGACUUCAGGAACCUUGUGAUCGGCCUGCAUUUUGGUGGCGUCCCAAGUAUCAACUCCGUCUUCUCUAUCUACAACUUCUGCAGCAAACCUUGGGUGUUUUCUCAGAUGAUUAAACUCUACCACUCCUUGGGUCCUGAGAAAUUCCCCCUGAAUGAACAAACCUUCUAUCCCAACCACAUGCAGAUGGUUACAACUCCCUCCUACCCUGUGGUGGUCAAGAUGGGGCACGCUCACGCUGGUAUGGGAAAGAUCAAAGUGGAAAACCAGCAGGACUUCCAGGACAUCACCAGUGUGGUGGCUCUGGCCGGGACCUACGUCACCACUGAGCCCUACGUCCUGUCCAAGUACGAUAUCCGCAUCCAGAAGAUCGGCAACAACUACAAGGCGUACAUGAGAACAUCUAUUUCUGGCAACUGGAAGGCAAACACAGGUUCAGCCAUGUUGGAACAGAUCGCAAUGACUGACCGAUAUCGCUUGUGGGUGGACUCCUGCGCCGAGAUGUUUGGUGGCCUUGAUGUCUGUGCAGUGAAGGCUGUCCACGGAAAAGACGGCAAAGACUAUAUCAUCGAGGUGAUGGACAGCUCAAUGCCUCUGAUUGGUGAACAUGUGGAGGAAGAUAAACAGCUCAUCACAGAGCUGGUCCUCAACAAGAUGGCCCAGGUGCUUCUGGGAGUGUCCACACCUCAGCCGUCUGCUGUCAAGACUACACAGCCCAGACGAGGGGGACACCGCUCCUCUUCCACCUCUCCAUCCCAGUCGGCGCAGGGUUCACCUCAGCGAGCCCGGUCUGCCACCACCUCUCCCAGUCAGGCCUUCCAGCCUGGACCCAUCCCUGCCCCUUCUGGUCCUGGAUCUCAGAAACAGUCACCCCAGCUAAACAAAUCCCAGUCACUGACCAACACCUUCACAGAGACGCUACGCGGGAGCCUGACCGACGACGAGGCUAAAGCCGAGACCAUCCGCAGCCUCCGACAGUCCUUCGCCAGCCUCUUCUCUGACUAAGAACUUUCCCGGGAGCUUCCUCUUCCUGUUAAUCAUCAGGUGUGGGGUUUAAAAAAAAAACCUGACUGGUGAAACUGUUACGGGGUCUCUCCUCUUCCACUGAGCCUCAGCUUCCUCUUCUUUCUCCUUGUUUGUGAAAUUUAAGACCCAGAAAAACCCGCUGUCGUCAAACGAACCGUACAUUUGUCACUAGAAAGGCCCAACAUUGAAGUAAUGAUUUCAAUUUCUGCAAGUUUUACUCCACUUGGUGAUCUGUUUCCUUUUUGUUAUUCAGUCAUGAUUACAUGAACACAUACAGUUUACCAGGUCCAGGUAAGUUCAGUCUGACCCACAGUUCUUCAUGGUUUGAGUAGGUGGACUGAGCCUUUUUAAAGAGAUAUCUGGCAUGUUUCAAGUUAAAGUGCAGUUGGAAAGCAUCUGUGAUUGACGCAUUCACAUCAGUGUUCACACUCCGGCCUUUCUAGUGGUAAAUCAUUGCCGUAAAUAAUCAUGAUCUUGCCGUAACUGCUUGCCAUCAUUUGUCUGUCCAACCUGUGAAACAGUUUGCCGUGUGAUUUAUUUAUGUAUUAUUUAUGACACAUGUAUUCCCAUAACUUCAACUGACACGCAGCUUCCAAUCUGUUUUCCAGAUGUCAACAGCAAUACUCUUAUCUGAAAACAGUCGCAGUCUAACCCACGUGAACCUGAACCCGCACGCUUCACCAGCGAUCUUCGCCAGCAGCCACGUUUUCUCACACGUACCUGUGCUGUAGACACACAUUGGUUUUACAUAGUUGAAUCCUCGAAUCCUUAAAACUACCAAAGUGCUUUUUAAUAACGUGAAAUAAAAAAAAAAAGAAAAAUCCCCACCUGCACUGGGUCAGGAAAACAAUCAGACAGCCAUCAAACCCAUGCGCUUGUGAUUUCACAUGGUGCAAUCUGCUGAACGGGCUCUCGCAGCCGUCGUCUUCCAUCACAGCUCAGAUCUUCCCCUGCACUCACUCUUCUGUCUGAUGCACCGAGAAGCACAGUGGAGGAAGUUUGUGGGGGGCUUGUAAAAUAAGAACUACUUGAGGUGAAUUCUGAGAUGUUUAAUGUGCUUGAAAUAGUUGUGUAACACUGCUUCUUAUAUCCUCAUCCUCUUUAUGCUCUUAAAGUGUCAGCUGGGAUUGGAGUUAAUUCAUCAUCAUCCUUCUCUAUCUUUUGCCUCGUGUGUGUUUGUGUUUUUGCAUUUCUUUAGGAGCUUUUCUGGCAUAUACACUGACCUUGUCAGGACCAAUUGUCCUCAUGGAGACUAAAACCUUGUCCUAAUGAGGCGGAACCUCAUUUCUGAAGAGCUGGUUAAGUUUAGGGCUUAGAUGAGAAUUGUGGUUAUGGUUAAUGUUUACGAUUAAGCAUUAAUGGUUAUGGUUAAGUUUAGGGAUGAUGGGUUAUGCUGUCUUAAGAAGAAUAGCUGUGCGUGUGGGUGUGUUCUUGUAUGGGUAGCUUUGUGAGGACCAACAAAUGUAUUAUCCAUAUGAAGUGAAGGAAUUUUGGAAAGUGAUGAAAUAUUGGCUGGUCCUCACAUCUGUAAAGGGCUAUUGGGGGUUUAAGACCUGGUUUUAGAGAAAGAAUUGAGUUUAGGUUAGGGUAAGGAUUAGGAUCAGGCAUUUAGGCUAAGGUUCUAAUGAAUGCAUUAUCUCCACGAGGGUCCUCACUAUGAUUGCUGCGCAAACGUGUCUGUGUGUGCGUGUGUUUUAUCUGCAUUGAGAGAAGCUACAGUCGCUGCUCUAACAAAUCCUGCUUUGGAAAUGCAUGGAAAUGAAUGUACUUGACAGAAAACCAACUCAAGCUCAUGAUUAACUAGUCUUGUUUUACAGCAACUGUAAUUUAUUUCUAAUUUCCUGGGAAGAAUGAGGAAAUUGUGCAAAUUCAGUGAUUGCUUAAUGAUAUAAUUAUCACUCAAGUGUUAAACACAAAUGUUAAAAGGCAGCCACAGCACAGUUGAUACUUCUAAUCAACACAAAAGUGUAGAGGAUGCAUUAUUUUGAAUCAGACAUUUCAUUGUUGAGGUUACAAAACAAAAGGUUACAUAAAUUGUUCAUAAUUAUCCAUCCGUGUGGAUACAACAAUUUGCAAAGCAACUUUUUUAAUUUAAUAACAAAUAUGUUUUAACGUAAUUUCAUGUUGUCACUAAGAUGAAAAUGUCAAAUCUUCUUAUAAAUUUACUUUUAAUAGUCUCUCAUGGCCAACCUGCAGUAACUGCAGGACCCACUACGGGGCCACUGCCCUCACUGAAGUCUAAUUUAAUUGGAAUUGCUUUCAGGUUAACCUUCUAUUAUGUUUAAUUCUUUUAUUCUAUUAUUUUGAAGCUGUAAACUUCUAUUUCAUUAUGAGCAUAUUUGAUAUUAAUUUAUUAUCAGCACCAAAUUACAUCUUUUACAGGAAAUGUUACAAUAGGAGAUUGCAAGAAUUUGAUUGAAAUAUAUAUUUUUUCCCCCAGAAAAACGUUCCCUGUAAUCGUGGUGAAGAAAGAGAGUGAAGGUUUCUUUUCAGGCAGAGAAAAGCCAAAGUGUUUUGCAGGAAAUGAAUGAGAUGUGAGGUAGGUAGGUAGGUAGUUGGCUCCUUGAUUAUCUGAGCUACAAACUCAAUAAGCCCAGAUAUGUUUUAAUCAUUUUUUUUCUUCUUUCUCCAAUUUGGUUUAAAGGGACCUGAACAUACUAGGAAAUCAUAAAAUGCAGUAAGUGUAUCUGUUAGUAGUAUUCAGUCAUUUAAAUGGACUUGUCCUGACUCCAAAGUCAGAAGUUUUCAUUGUUAUGUUAUCAAUAAUAAGAAUAAUAAAAAUAAAAUAUGGUCCUAGUUUUUAAAAAAAACAUUCAAAUGCAUGAAGCUGUACAAAAUGUAUAGUAAUGUGUGGGUGUGUAUGUGUGUGUACAGUUGUAAACUUCUGUUUGUAAUAAUUCUAUCACUAAACGACUGCCCUUCUUUGCAAUAAUUAUGUUAAUAAUAAAAAUAAGAAUUACCCCAUUGUUAUUUAAGCUUGACACCUUAAGAGCUUCUAGGUUCUUGCUUUUUGUGGGGAGAUUUUUCGUCCGGUGUAACUGGCGGUAACUUUAAAAAAACUAAAAAGCUCAGUAUGUGUUAGCUCGAGACAAUGCACACAACACUGCUCAUAACCAACAACUUCACUAAGCAAUGAUGUGCGUGUGCGUGUGUGUGUGUGUGGAGCUGCACACGGUCAGCUGUUUGUGUAGUUGCUAAGUUGAGUUGCUACAUCUGUAUUUAAAAUGUCUGUUUGACUUUUCAUGUCAGUAACAGUAAACGGUUAGAACGUUAGUGACGGAAUGCUAAAAACAUUGUAGUGCUGAAAGCUCCUUUAACUCUGAAGUCAUCUUACUGUAAUGUAAGCAGCUGUACGCGGGUUAACACUGCUAAUAUUUACAGCUAUUGUUAGAGCAUUUGUCCUUUAUAUUUAAAGCUGCUGUCAGUGAAAUUUACUUUUUGGCUAACGUCCUGUCUGUUGUAUCGUUAGCAUUACUUUCCUUCUUCCUUAUGUCACCUCAUGAACAUAUUUGAUGACUGGGGAGCAUUUAUUCAACGGCUAACAGAUUUUUUUGCCCGAUUUUACCCAUGAUUCAUAGUUGGGCAGAGUCUGUGUAGUCUUUGAGCUAAAUGCUUAUUUUCAUAAUGUGCUUUGUUUGGCCAGCCCUUGCGCUAACACCCGCAAGGUGCACCAUGAGCAAAAUGAAGCAUUAGACCCACAAUGCAGUUCUGCGUCACUUCAUUCCACUCCCUUUUAAGUGAAUGAUGAGCCUUUCAAUUCAGUAUGUAUAAUAGAAAAUAUUAUUUAUUGAAGCCACUGCGGGGAGAACAAUGAACCAAUGUCCAAUAUGUAGUUGUAUAUGUAGACUGCCGCCGGGUCAUUUAAACUUAGCACAUUUAAAACACAGUUCAAUCCAUAAAUAAUCACAGGCAAGUUUACAUUCAGCAGUUUCUGUUUCAAAACACAAUUUACACCCCCUUGAGAUGUGAUGGUUGCUUUAAACUGACAGCAGCUUUAAACUGUGUAGUUCUAGAGUCAGCAAACUCAGCCUGUUCUCCUCUAAACACCAGGAAGUGUGCGCAAGUGAUCUUGUCUUUUAUUGCCUUGUUCCUAAUCCUGUGAGUGUUGUGUUCAUACAGUGGGUACUAAUCUCUGAGUUAAUGCCGUGUUUUGCCUUUGGCACCAUGUCAAAAUGGACCAAAUUAGCAUCUUGUUGUUGUGAGAGCCCACUGAUGGUUAAAGUCACAUUGUUUUCUUCUCAUUGUAAAGAUGCCUACCACUUAUAUACUGCAGUGUGAUAAGCCAUAAACAUAAUUAAAAGCAUGAGGAUUUUUACUACAGCUGUGACGUUACUGAUGAACUGACUUUGAUCACUGUGUCUGUUACCUUUAAAGGCGUUCAGUGGCCUGUCCUGCACAGCCACUGAUGUAUCAGUGAAUUCACCACACAGUUGAAUAAUUUAAGUCGGGGUUAACUCUGAUGUCAUGUUUCACAGCUCUUCUGCACUAUUGGUUUAAAAUGGAGUUGAGGUUCUAGUUGUUGCUGUGUGUGCUCAUCUCUGAGGUCAGAUUAUAAUCACUGAGUGGAUGAUUUCCGCUUCUCACGUGUGUGUCUAUCUCUGGCUCAGCUGCAGUGUAGUCUCUCAACACACCUGCUAAUGUAUUUGAUUGGACCGUAUUUGAACUGAGCUGCAAAGUUUACUAUCGUAACUACCUCAAGUUCAGCAGUGCUCUGCAGAAACUGACUGUAGAGUGGUAGUACUGGAAGAUUUUGUGAAAUGAGCAGCAUUUUUAGACGCGUUUGACGGGCUGUAGAAGAACAUCAGUGUGUUUAUAGAUUUCCUCCAAUAUUCAAACAUUUGCAUGCAGCUGCUCAGUUACUCACUCACUCCACCAACAUCUUCUUGAACUGUAACCAUACAUUUGUCUUCUCAAAUAUGUUCAUAAUCAUUUUCAAAAUGUUACUCUCUUUAUGUCCUAAGAUGCCCUCUAAAGAAGCAGUUUUAAGGGUCAGGUCAUACUUUCCGCGUCGCCAUGAUAUACAUUUCCGCACAGGUCAACUCAGACCCUGAGUGGACACCUCCAGUUUGAUUCAGCACAGACCGUAACAUCGACUGUAGCACAAUGCUUUGCAGUCCAGUAGGUAGCUGGUCAAAAAACAACAACAAAGAAGAUGGUAACCAUGGAAACUUGCUUGAGUUCAAAAGAGGAAGUCUGCUCGUCGUUUAAAGAAUACAAGGACAUAAAAUGAGGGUAUUUCCUAGUGAGAAAUGGUCACUACUAAAAUGGAAUGCGAGAAUACAUGUGUGCUGACACUAGAUUGAUAUGGACUGGAAAUUGGAAAGUGGAAACUUUCCGUGGGAAUUAACGGGAAUAAACUGGAAAUCUUCAAUUUUGGAGGUUUGGGUACUACCAACCAGUUGGUAAAUAAUGUAUUGCAUCAUAAUCUUGGCUAAAACAAUCCAAUUUUGAUGCAAAUACAGUUUUGUUUUUUUUCUCAUCUUAUUCAACAGGAAAAUGCUGUAUACGCUGUCUGCUGUGUGGACUGUUGUCUCAUAAAUUCCCAUGGAAAGUUUCCAAUUUGGAAUAUUUCCAGAAUUCACAGGAAAUUGUGAUGCAGAACCCAGUCCUAAAAUCUCUGCACCAUUUGAAAACAAACAAACUCAAACUUCAAAUGAUUGAAGGCAUUCUGAAAGGAUGUCAUUCGUUUGCGGCCUCUUCAAAAUGUUUUUCCAUUCAGGCUGCCGUAGAAACAUGGCCGACACAAAAUGGUGGCCUCUGUAAUGCAAGGCCUUUAUUUUCAAAAGCUAUGAAAACCAAAAUGAUUGUUAUGCUGAAAGCAAGUACACUCUUAUGCAAACAUACUCAUGGGUAGUUUACAUAAACCGUCCUAAAUAUCACACACUGGCCCUUUAAUGCUGUUUCCUAGAUGGGCAGCUUCCUCAGCUGAUUACAGCCUCAGCUUCACGCACCCUUCCUAACGUGCAAUCAACUCUUCCAGAAACUACUGUUGAUGUCACAGAUGCAACACCAAGGUGGUUUGUUUCUUGUUUUGUUUUAAAACAGUCACUGCUCAUUUCACAAAAUCCCUUCACCCCACCUUUAAUUUAUCACCUUUAUGAUUCCACUCUUAGUUUUGAACUGCUUUGGAGAGAAAUGCAAUAUUCUGCUACGCUGAGCUUUUAUUUGUCUUUUAGCUUUGGGGGUGUGUUGACCUGACACAUAACCUGAAUCUGAAUUGAAUAUAGUAUCACUAUAGCCAAACCAAGUCCAAAUCCAGUCAUAUCUGUAAAUGUGAGAAAUACUGUCAUUGCAUGGGUUUUAUCUGCCGCUCCCUUCAGUCCACUGUGUCCCUCCCUCUCUGCUGAAUGGUGGGUGGAACUGUGCGAUACUUAAAGUGUAGUGAUGUUCUGUAUAUUGGUGUAAAUGUGGCAUGACCCCCCCACCCCCCCAUCCCCGCCCGUCCUUCUGUGCCUCAGGUGUGUAAAUCUGGUCGUCAUGUGAUAUCAAUGUCCGGUUGCUUAUUUGUGAGACGUGCGAUGCAUCUCAUGUGUUUCUGUAACUUACAGUAUUAGUGUCAAGGUUAUUUUUGUUCUCUGUAAUUUUCCUUCUUUCUGUCCCAAAGUUCAAGAUUUCUGUUAUUAAAAAGGAACACGUUUUACUAUA